ACGAGUAGCCGCGUAGGCCGGCUUUCAUCCUUCCACCUGCCGUAUAAAUCACACGGGGAGUGAGCUGCCAGCAAGAGCUACGAGCAAGCACACCAUUCGAUCGAUCCACCACUUCUGAUGGAAGAAGCAACAAUGCCGCGGAACCUGGGCGGCUCGCUGCCGGUGCCCAACGUGCAGGACCUCGCCGCCCGGCCCCAAGACCUCCCACCCGCCCUCCUCAACCGCUACCUGCGACCUGAACCCACCCUCCCCGACGCCCCUGCUGACGAGCAGGAGCAUGUCCCCGUCGUCGACUUCGCCCGGCUCUUGGGCCAGAAGGAGGAAGAUCGCGCCGAGGAGGCCGCCAGGCUGCGCAUGGCCUGCGAGGACUGGGGCUUCUUCCAGGUCGUCAGCCACGGCAUUCCCGACGAGACCAUGGAGGAGAUGAAGAGGAGCGUCAUGGGAUUCUUUGCGCUUCCGCUGCCGGAGAAGCAAGCUCUGGCACAGGAGCCUGGAGGCAUCGAGGGGUACGGCCAGGCCUUCGUCGUCUCCGAGGAGCAGAAGCUCGACUGGGCCGACAUGUUCUACCUCGUCACGCAGCCGCCCAGCUACCGCCACCUCCGCCUCUGGCCAUCCAACCCCUCCACGUUCAAGGAUUGCCUGGAGAGCUACUCCGCGGAGGUGCAGAGGGUGGCCCGCGAGCUGCUCGGGGCCAUGGCAGGGAACCUUGGCGUGCGGGACCCCUCGGACAUGACGAGGCUCGCCGAGGUGCAGGCCAUGAGGAUGAACUACUACCCGCGGUGCCCGGAGCCGCACGCGGACCGGGUGCUCGGCCUCUCGCCGCACUCCGACGCCACGGGGCUCACGCUGCUGCUACAGGUGGGCUCCGUUGCCGGGCUGCAGAUCAGGAGGAACGGCCGCUGGCUCCCCGUCUCGCCGCUCCCCGGAGCACUCCUCGCCAACGUCGGCGACGUCGUCGAGGUCUUCACCAAUGGCAAGUACAAGAGCAUCGAGCACAGGGCCGUCGUCAACCCGCGCCAGGAACGCAUGUCCAUCGCCGCCUUCCACAGCGGCAAGUACGGCACCACGUACGGGCCGCUGGAGGACGUCGUCCGAGACCAGGAGCCGCGCUACAGGAGCGUCAGCGUCGAGGACUUCUAUAAGCUCGUCGUCUCCACCAAGCUCGACGGCAAAAAGAUCAUGGACGCCAUGAAGAUCACUUGAUGAUGCGUUUGUUGUUGCACAAUAGUAAUUACUAGUUGAGUUGAGUUUGCCACGGCCCACAUUUUCCUGUAGCUCAUUGGCGUCAAGGCAUUUUAAGCAAGCACCUAUGUUUCCUUU